AUCUCCGGUCCACAACGUUGUCAGCCGCGAGCCCUCCGUGUGUCCAUUCAUGUUUUGGUUUGGUUUUGGGUGUGUUUUUGUUCAUUAACCUGUUUGUGACCCCGUAUCAGUGUUCUGGCGGAUCCGAUAGAGAUCAAUAUGAACUGACUCCUGCUUCUAAUACAAAGAUAUCAAGAGGACGUGCGUGAGGUUGCAGUGAAAAAGGAGUGAAAAGUGCUGUGAAAAACCGCGUGUGAGAAGUAGCCCAUCAGACCUACACCCUGCAGUGAAACUUUAAACGGUUAAUCCCGGGAUGUAAUAGAAGAGUGAAAGGAGUGAGGGGGAGACCGGUUAGUGAACAUGUACUACAUGGGGUGGAUCUGCCCUGGCUGCCGCACCGGGGUAGUAAAGGUAGUGUCCUACAUUAUCAUCCCUUGUGCGUCCCGGGCAGGAAUUUAAAUACCGUGCGCUCUUCCAUAAGUCGGCAGAAAUUAAAUAUUUCUACGGCAUAGCAUUCUCUGCCGAGUAACGCGUAAUAUGUGAGGAAUAUUCGAGAGAAACACCAAGAUAUUUUAUAAAUACCACAAUCAUUGUUAUCUAAUGUCUAUAUCUAUGUAAUGGAGAGAUCCAUGAUGUUUUAGUACUAUUGUCGAUGUUUAUUAUGUACAUAGUGUUAGAAACGUUAGCCCCUAAUUACCGAUUAUACAUUCUGUAGAUAGCUUAAAGACGCUUCUCCAUACCGAAGCGCUCAGAGAGUUUUCAGCGAUCUAAAUGUUUAGCAGAUAACUGUAUGUACGGCGUUUGUAACUGUUACGUGUGAAAAGAAAAUACGUUUUUAUUUAACAGUUUUAUAUACAGUUAUAUUUUGAUUUUAAAUUAACGUUUUCUCGUGGUCUCUCAGAUUUCGAGUUAUCGGUUAAAACGGGUCUCGCGUAGUAUCGAAAACUCAUCAAAGCAUUAAAACUUAAAAAGUUUAACAAGUUUUAACGGAGUUUAAAGAUUGUUAAACUUUGAGAUUUGUUUUCUUUGGAUGUUUAUAGAUAGGAGGAUAUGGAGCUGCUUGCUGUGCCCCACCUGUCUCACCGUGCCCCUUCCCCUCCUCUGAACAAGUGUUCCAUUCAUGAGUACUUGCCUUUCUUACAAUAAAGUGUGUGCACCAGUGUCUGUCCAUUAUAAUUGCUGUAUUAUCGUUUCAUAUUAAAGUUGGUAAAAUUGUAAGAGUUUUAUUUUUUUACUCAUUACCAUCUUGUAUAUAUGUAUUGAGAUAUUCAUUUACAAAGUUACUAUCUUAAAAAAUUAUAUGUUUUUGAAAACUGCCAGUUGUAAAGCACAAUUGUUAAAAAUAUCUUGGUGUAAAUCACGUGGAGAAAACUUUGAUCAUACGCUUUAACAACGAAACUCGUCGUCUUAUAGUUUUUGCCGACAAGGAGAACGCAAGCCUUUACUGGUCGCGUCGGAUGCGCACAAGAUCGAAGAACACUAAGAUUUCUAAACCACAAACAAAAGCAAUACGAGGAUUGGAGUACAAUAAAGAUAGUAGAGAAUAGUCUAAAGUGUGCCUACAAUUUGACAGAACAGUUCGGUGAAACGGGUUUUCCAAAAACAAAAUACGAACAAAGGGAACAAAUAUACAUUUAAGGACCAGCGUCUGUAGAAGGAGCAGCCAUGGAGUUGCUGUCUCUAGAGGGGCCUCCUUUGAACACGUCCGAGUACCUAUUGAAGUUCGACGACGACUACGCUAUACUGGUGAACAUUGACGAUUUGAGGUUAGAGAACAUUUCCUUAGUUAACGGCACCAAUGGCACGUACGACCCCAACAACACUUACAUCAUCUUCAGGGAGGACUCGCUCUACCCCAGUGGGUACUCCAUGGAGGCCAUCAUAUUCGCCUCCAUCAUCGUGACGAUGUUGAUGGUCGUCGUUGUAGUAGGGAAUAUGUUGGUGAUCAUAGCCAUCGCCACGGAGAAGGCGCUGAAGAACAUCCAGAACUGGUUCAUCGCCAGUUUGGCAGUGGCGGACUUCUUUCUAGGGUUAGUCAUCAUGCCGUUUUCCCUCGCCAACGAGCUGAUGGGCUACUGGAUAUUCGGGAACUGGUGGUGCGACAUUCACUCGGCCAUGGACGUACUCCUGAGUACGGCCUCUAUCAUGAACCUCUGCCUGAUCUCCUUGGAUCGUUACUGGUCCAUCACCCAGGCCAUCGACUAUCUCAAGAAGCGUACUCCUGCCAGAGCCGCUGUCAUGAUCGCCCUAGUCUGGAUCCUCUCUGCUGUCAUCUGCAUACCACCGCUGCUGGGCUGGAAAGUCGAGAGGCCUGUCGAAGAGUUCCCAAAGUGUAUGUUGAGCAAAGACAUAGGAUACGUCCUCUACUCGGCCAUGGGCUCUUUCUACAUACCCAGCUGCAUCAUGGUGUUCGUCUACAUCCGCAUCUACUACGCAGCCAAGGCGCGGGCUCGCCGAGGCAUCCGUAAGCCACAGAGACCAAAGCCCUCUCAGGAGGACCAGAAGUGCACCAGUUUCAGCAACCCCGUGCCGACCAUGCAGUCAGUGCAGAGUCCAGUGGACCGCAACUCCAACAACUCCCCCAUAGCGGUCACCCUGGAGUCGAAACCGGUCGCGAUCCCGAUAGUGACCUGUGACUUCGCCUCGGACAUCAGUACGAGUGACAAUGCAGAGGGUCCUCAGGAUCCCGGGGGCGGGGAUCCACCGAAGGACACUCUGAAAGUGGGUAGCCUUAAGGCGCAAUCCGCACAGUUCAAGGGGUCAACCCUCUCCGUGAACGGGGACCUCGCGGCGAUGGGCCGGUGCCGGGCGCCCAGCGUCGGCAUCGACACGGACAUGGUGUCGGAGUUCGACCCCUCCUCCUCGGACUCAGGAGUGGUGCAGAGGUGCGCGGUAGUGAAGCCCCUAAAGUUACGUUUCUGUAAGCCGAUCUUCGGCAGGAUGAAGUCCUCAUCUAAAGCGAAGAGAGAGACGAUAGACAUGGGCAAGAUAACGUCACAGCAGGACAUCAGUGUUCAGGAAGUGCCGCGGAUACAAAAACCGAGGGAUCCGGAACGCGAGAAGAGAAGAAUCGCUAGGAAGAAGGAGAAGAGAGCUACAUUGAUUCUGGGACUCAUAAUGGGCUCUUUUAUAGCCUGUUGGCUGCCGUUCUUCUUCUUGUACAUUCUCACUCCGAUCUGCAGUGUGUGUGAUAUCCCUCCGCAGGCGUUCUCUAUUGCGUUCUGGCUCGGAUACAUGAACUCUGCGCUCAACCCUGUCAUCUAUACCAUCUUCAACAAGGACUUCCGCAGAGCUUUCCGUAGGAUCCUGUUCAAGUGAUGUCCGUGCUCCUACACUAGGCCACAAACAAACCUCUCUUCCCGAGCUAAGUCUGUAAAGAUUUGUUUAGUUGUACUUAGCGUAGAAGCGUACUUCUUUUGUACCGCGUUUUCAGUGAACUUUUAUUUCAAAGUGUGGGUGAUUUUAUUAUAUAAAUAUAUUUUUAUAACUUGGAUCUAACAAUAAAAGUAAAUAAUGUGCUGCAUAAUAUUGUUUCUAUGUAUUUCAGAAAAGUCAUGUUUAGUUAUGUACGACAUAUGUCGCGUGAACCUAUUUUAUAAGUGAAAUAUUGUACAUUAUUUUAAAUUUAUUUUCAUCUCUUUCUAUCGUUGUAUAAAUAUUUAAUGACGUGAAAUAACUUUGUUGUAUUGUAAAAUCUGCACUUUUUGUGACUGGCUACAUGAUAAACAUUUACACCACCAAAACCAAAUUUGAAUCAUCUUCGUUUUAGAAAAAUCUUUUUAUUUGUCACUAGUGAAGUUAAAUGCUAUCGUUUGCAAAAUAUCCUCCAAUGAUAUACUAUCCUUAUAAAUUUAUUUACUACAAAUAUUGUUUAUAAAAGCAAAUGGAAAUAUACUCUUUUAAUACACAACCUUUUAAGAUCAAUUUUGUAUAACUAAAUUAAUCUAUGGGCAGUGCGUCUAUGCAAUUAAAGCUAGGCCUGGAAAUGAAAGUUGCCCGUUUAUUGAAUUAAAAACACACAGUGAUUAGAGUUUUGCUGAUUAUUAAGAAAAUUGUUUAUGAUAUAAUUAAUAUACAAUAGAAUAAAAUUACUAAUAUCAAAUUUGAGAGAACGAAAGUGUCUUUACUUUUUUCUGGGAGAAUGCUAUCACACUCCCUCCCCCCUCUACACCAAUCAAUCAGUUUUAUUCCUCCCUCCUGCUACUAAAGACAAUUAAUUCCUAAUUACGCUACUGAAUCAUUUACAAUUUAUUAGAAGCAUAGGUUAUUGCAUGAAUUGAAAUUUCCGCAGAAUACUAAUGGAAUAUAUCUUUUUGGUGAUGUAUCAUUGAUAACACUUAAAUAAAGUAUUAGGUUUUGUAAUGUUGACCUUCUUAAUCAAAUCUAUGCGUAAAUUAAAAUCCACACUUUUAUUUUGCUCAAAAUUUAAAUUUAUGAACGACUAGUAUAAAUAAAUAAAUAAACUAUGGUAAAAUAUUUAAGCUAAUCCACUGAAAGGGCAAAAUACGUACCCCCUCCCCCCCCCCGCUUGUCAUUUUAAUUUACCAGAAAUAAUGAACAACUUAUAAAUUUACACUAUUCAGUUCAGUCUGAUUAUCAGGCAUCAGAUUGUGUUAAAGCUUUUACUAAACAUUAUUUUAACCAUUUAAACAAAGUAUUUAUAAGGGUAAAAUUUUUGUAAUGUCUUUAAACCCAUUUUAUUAGAGUUCUGUUAAUUAAAUUUUGAAACGUA